AUGGACUUUGUGUGUGAGAGUUUGGAUGGAUAUUCGCUCUCGGAUUUUCGCACUCGGGGAUCUUAUGGACUUGUGUGCGAACGUGGAUGUGGGGACGCGUACAGCACAGACAUGCCAAAUCGAGUAACGUCAGCACGGGGAAUUCCCUUGCUCUGGCUGACAGUUGGGCUGACAGUAUUGCGUCAGGCGAACAGCGGGCUAUUAAACGCGACGCACAGAGACGACAGGUUUUCCUUUCCAGUUAUCUUCACCGUAAUACAGUUCGCCAACACCCUGUGCGGGACGGGACUCAACUCUGGCACUUGUUACACGUCGACGCAGUGUGACAAAUACGGUGGCACUGAGAUUGGCACUUGCGCCAGGGGGUAUGGCACUUGCUGCGGAGUCUCCCUCACCGGCUGCGGGGGCGACAUCCGCAUCAACAACACGUGGGUGUACUCGCUCGACUACCCGAACACGUACAACGACGACCUGGUCUGCUCGUACAGGGUUUACUUCGACGACACCCCCGGCAAGAUCUGUCAGAUCCGGUACGACUUCGCGGCGCACGACCUGGUGGCGCCGAAUAUUGAUGGUGUGUGCGCAAACGACCGACUGAUAUUUCGAGAAGACACAAAUCAACUAUUUUUGCGGAAAAAGCUCCCGAAAAUUAUCAUUGGUACGUGGACAAGCCGGCACCGUCAGCCCGCACACGUUCACCAUCAUCACGGACACUCCAAUUACUUCCGCCGAUACGCCAUGAAAGUCUCGUUCAUUCGCUGCAAGGAGAGAGUGCCGUCGAGGUGCGGCCAGUAUUACACCGGCCUCAGUGGGACUAUAAAUUCUUACAACCACAACAAUGGAUAUUAUCUCGCCGGGCUGGAUUACGGGAUUUGUUUCCGGAAAGAAGUCGGAUACUGCACGUAUACGCUUAGAAAAACGUCCAACAACCAGUACAUCGACGACAGCGACAUGCUACGGCUCCCCGUGGGCGGCGGGAUCGCAGUGGUCCCGAACCCGAAGCUGGCCGGGUCCUCCUUCUUCUGCGGCGUCAGCAUGGUCAAGAUGGCCGCCAUGUACUACACGCCGCCGCUCUGCUACUACCCCGAAGCCAUAACGUCAGCGCAAACGCAGGGCCCCUUCUUCGUUAACGUGUUCACCGCCAUCGACACAGUGGACAACGUCAACCCUCUGGUGAGAUCGCCUCCUCAGGCUGGCUUUGAAUUCGACUGGGAAGCGAACCAAUGUACCUAAUGAAAGAACAAUGAUCUAUGAUAUUUAAUAACAAAUACGAUCUGGAAACACUAAACUCUCGAACACUUUUGAACUAUAUGAAGACAUUAUACACUCUAACAGAGCCUAAAGACUGUAAACACUAUUAAAUAAACAAAUAUUUUCUAUCAAACACUAACGAAAACACUACACACUAUCUACAAACUCUAGCAGGUGUCUGAAAACGGGAAAGUGUAUAUGAAGAUAAUUUUCCUAAGUGAUGUUUUUUUCUUGUAUAUAGAUAAAUUAUAUUAUUUGAGAAUAAAGAGUAUUUAUAUCUAUAAAUGGAGUUUUAUUUUUUUUACUUUACUGUGAAGGAUUAUUUU